AGGCAGUGCCAUCCCUAUGAGGUGACUACCUCAACCCCCGUCCUAUUGGCCAGCACCAGCUGUCCGAACCUUCCCCGCCUUCCCUGGGGAAUCCCUAAGACUGACACCUCGGGCUGACCAAUCGUGUGAGAGGGAACAGGCUUAGCCCCACCCCCCGCGUGGACGCGGAGACGGGAGAACAAGCCGUACUAGAAUCACAAUCGUAUGUUAUUACCAUCACCACGUGACCACGCCCCGCUCUCUCUCCACUGACUAGGAUGAGGGAGUUGACGGCUCCGGAGGCCUGUCUCCUGAUUGGCCAGCGAUCUCAGACUGUGGGCGGGGCUUCCCUGCGCUCCGUUUCCCCUCUGCUCCUGACGCCCCCUGGCGGUGUCGCGGGUGAAGGGAGGGGUUGCCGUCUGUUGCGCUGCCGAUUCGUCCAGGCCCAGAGUGCGGCUCCUGGGCCUGUGCUGUCGCGGAAGAGGCGGGCCCGGGCUCGGUUUCCGCUGCGCGUUCCCCUCUGACACGGAACAUUUCCCUCCAGUAUGUGUGUGUGAGGUCCCUCCUCCUCCUCCUCCUCCUCUGGCCAUCUUUAUUACAUUCAUUACCGCAAAGGAAGAGCGAGCCGGCCCUGCCUCGACCCACCAUCCGAGCUACCUUCAGCAGACGGGCACCGGAAGGCAUCGGGAUCCCGGGACAUGGUCAGCCGCCGCCGCCGCUGGGAUCAGGACGCGUGAUCGAUCGCUGCUCGGUGUCCAACCCAAGCCAUUUGGAUCGGUGGAUUAUCGUGGAAGACGUUCCUUUUGGUGCACGGGAGUCCUUAGCGGAAACAGUUUGCGAAUGGGAUGAAUCCGCCUUUGCUGAGCCCUCAUCAUCGUCAGCUGAGAGAAUAACAAUAUCCAGAGGGGGGCUUCUCUAGUUAUGUUUCCAUUUUUACAACACCCCAUUUGAGUCUGCUUGUCUUUAAAAAAGAAUUCAAAGUGGAGUACCGUAAACUUGAUAUGGAUGGCAAAAAGAAAGACAAGGACAAACCUGAUGAGAGGAUGGCCCGACCUAGUGGUCGGUCGGGUCAUGGCACACGUACUGGUUCCUCAAACUCUGGAGUGUUGAUGGUGGGGCCUAAUUUUAGAGUAGGGAAAAAGAUUGGAUGUGGAAAUUUUGGCGAGCUGCGAUUAGGGAAAAAUCUGUACACAAAUGAGUAUGUGGCAAUUAAACUGGAACCUAUGAAAUCCAGAGCGCCGCAGCUGCAUUUGGAAUACCGGUUCUACAAGCAGUUGGGGUCUGUUGAUGGUGUACCUCAGGUUUAUUACUUUGGUCCUUGCGGUAAAUACAACGCCAUGGUGCUAGAACUAUUGGGGCCAAGUUUGGAAGACUUAUUCGACUUGUGUGACAGAAUGUUUUCCCUCAAAACAGUCCUUAUGAUAGCCAUACAGCUGAUUUCCCGGAUGGAAUAUGUUCACUCAAAGAACUUAAUAUAUAGAGAUGUAAAGCCUGAAAAUUUUUUGAUAGGUCGUCCCGGAAACAAGAACCAGCAAAUAAUUCACAUAAUAGAUUUUGGCUUGGCUAAAGAGUACAUAGACCCAGAAACAAAGAAGCACAUACCCUACAGAGAACACAAGAGCCUUACAGGAACAGCUAGAUACAUGAGUAUAAACACGCAUUUAGGAAAAGAGCAAAGUAGAAGAGAUGACUUAGAAGCAUUAGGGCAUAUGUUUAUGUAUUUUCUAAGAGGAAGCCUACCUUGGCAAGGACUAAAGGCGGACACAUUAAAAGAAAGGUAUCAAAAAAUUGGAGAUACAAAGCGAGCGACUCCAAUUGAAGUACUCUGCGAGAAUUUCCCAGAAGAGAUGGCAACAUACUUACGCUACGUAAGACGGCUAGAUUUUUUUGAGAAACCAGACUAUGACUACUUAAGAAAAUUAUUUACAGACUUGUUUGAUCGAAAAGGAUAUAUGUUCGACUAUGAGUAUGACUGGAUUGGUAAGCAACUGCCCACCCCAGUUGGCUCCAUUCAUGCUGAUCCAGCUCUUUCAUCGAACAGAGAAGCACACCAACACAGAGAUAAGAUGCAGCAAGCCAAAAACCAGUCGGCAGACCACAGGGCAGCUUGGGACUCCCAGCAGGCCAACCCCCAUCACGUAAGAGCUCACCUUGCAGCUGACAGACAUGGUGGCUCGGUACAGGUUGUAAGUUCAACAAAUGGUGAGCUCAACACAGAUGACCCAACCGCUGGACACUCAAACGCACCUAUCACGGCCCCAGCAGAAGUUGAAGUCCUAGAUGAAACAAACUGCCAGAAAGUGUUGAACAUGUGGUGCUGUUGUUUUUUCAAGAGGAGGAAAAGGAAAACUAUUCAACGUCACAAAUGACUCUGGAGAAGGACAGACCAUGGGGAAUUACUCACUUGUUCAUCUGCUGUCCUGUGAUAACAAAAGUCAUCUCCACAAAGACCACGUUACUUUUUCUUAUUCAUAUGUCUUUCCCCUUUAAACAAUAUCAUGUUCCCAUGCUUCUGUUUGUCUUACGUUUUCUUAUGUCCAACCUUUUAGAAGCUUUAAAGUUUUGUCAUGUUAGCAUUAAUUCAAUGGACCAAUGAAGUUGGACAGACAUGAAUACCUGUCUUCAGCCAAAUGUAGUUACACCACCCUUGGGAACUGCGAGCUGUUAAUAGUUGGAUAUCCCGGAAAGAGGCUAUUUUACAUGCAAAUAGUGGAUAACGAUUGUUUGCAAAAGCUUUAAUAUAACACACUAAAAGUCUUACCCUUGGAGAUUUGCAGUUUGAUAUUGGCAAAGAUUUACAGUAUUACUGAAAUGGUACUGCAUUAAUCGAUAUUCGGCAUUGCCUCUCUCUCCACCAUGUGUGAAUGGUACAGCCGCCGGCCAGAGGUGCAGAGGACAAGCCGGUCUGGACGGGAUCAGGGAUUAGAACAAGUUCAAAGCGGUCGGAUACAGACUCCUAUGAAAAUCUUAAUUGUUUUAAUGUUGUACCUCUUGCAGUGUAAGAGAGAAGUAGAAGCCACAAGGACAGCAGUCCUUAAUGUAUAUUACAAAAAGGUGUGCUUCUUGGUAAUGUCUAGAAAAUCGAUACUUUCAUUGUCAAGAAGCUAUCGAACUGAUGUAAAAAAAAUAAAACACUACGUGGAGGAGAGGGGGGGGGGGGGGUAAGAAUUACUGAAUUAUGCAUAGUGUAGCUGGAGAGCACUUUGUUACUGCUCGUUGCAGAAGAGCUUAUUACUCCGUUAGUAGAAAUCUCUGGAUACGUCAUGUGUUUGGAGUGUAAAACCAUUUUACUCUGGUAAAAAGCAGCUAUACUGAGGGAUGCUUCACUGCCUACAGUUAGUUGGUGCUUUCAAAAUUGUUCUCACCUUGACCCAACUUUGCAGUUGUUGUAGAGCAUGUGGGAAGCAUUAGCUGGGCACUUCAUUCUCCAUCGUUUUCUUUUGUUAUGGAAGAAGUGUCUGCGUUAUGAGGGGAAGGUCUGGUUUUUUUGCUUAGUUUUUUUCUUUUUUCUUUUUUUUCCUUCCCAUUUUGGGUGUCAUAAUUUAAUCUCAAAAUUGUUGCAAAGU